AUGGCGUCCACAGGAGCCGGCCAACAAGUAGUGAAGGCAGUUGCUGAGUUAGCUCAGCGAUUACGACCGUCAUUCGUUAAUGGGAAGUGGCGCGGUGCAGCAAUUUCCGCGAAGAACCGCGCACGGUUGCGACGAGAGACUUUACUGUCUGGCGAGGAGUGGCCUUAUGACGCUCCUCGGAAGGAGAUGAAGACCAAGAUAAAGGGUCACAAGCACGAUAAGGAGGCUGCAGUGAGGCAAGAAAAAAUUGCAGAGAAUAUGGCCAAAAUGCCCGAAUUGCUUGAGCAAAUGAAG